CGUUGUGUGUCCCGCUGAAGAACACUCGAGGCCCUUUUCCACAGAAUAGGAACAAUUUGAGGAGACACUCAGCAUCGCAGGCGUAGCAGCUGAAGCCAGCAGGUGAUAAAAGUGAGCCGGCAUUGCGCGGUGUUUGACCAGAGGAAGCAUGUCUGCGGAGAAAAGGACACCAUUGCCGAAAAGCCUCUCUCCACAGCAUCCUCCGUCCAACAGUCCAAUGGUAGGCGGCGACGCCACGUCAGGGCGGGCCAAGCAGCCCAGCUCCAGACUACUUUUGACUCGGAGUGAAGGAGGCAACACGGAGAGCUGGACGCUGUCUGGAAUUUCAGGCGCAGCUAGAUCCCAACUUUCUCUGACUGACCAUCCUCAGGUCAAUCACCGAAACAUGUCUGGAAAAAUAUCAAAAGAGGAGCAGGAGGAAAUGCGAGAGAUAUUUGAAAAGACUGAUCUGGACCACGACGGCUUCAUCAGUGAUUAUGAGCUCAAUGAAGUCCUCAAAGAUGCCGGCCACCCACUGCCUGGUUACAUGGUCCGAGAGAUAAUCCACAAACUUGAUCGUAACAGGGAUUCCAAGAUCAGCUUCAUUGAGUUUUUGUCGAUUGUCCAAGAGCUCAGGGGCAGUGAAAUUGCAAAAACCUUCCGGAAGGUCAUCAACCGAAAACAAGGCAUCACUGCCAUUGGAGGAACAUCAGAGUUGUCAAGUGAAGGAACUCAACACUCCUUCUCUGAGGAGGAGCGUUUUGCUUUCGCAAAGUGGAUCAACACUGCGCUGGAAAAUGAUCCUGACUGUCAACAUGUUCUACCCAUGGAUCCCUCCACAGACUCUCUGUUCAAAUCAGUCGCAGACGGUAUCUUACUCUGCAAAAUGAUCAACCAGUCAGUGCCAGACACUAUUGACGAGAGAACCAUAAACAAGAGGAAGCUGACACCGUUCACAACACAGGAGAAUCUCAACUUGGCGCUGAACUCCGCCUCAGCCAUCGGCUGCCACGUUGUAAACAUUGGCGCCUUAGAUCUGAGAGCUGGCAAGCCCCAUCUGGUGCUGGGUCUGCUGUGGCAGAUCAUCAAGAUUGGUUUGUUUGCCGACAUCGAGCUCAGCAGAAAUGAAGCGCUGGCGGCACUACUGAGAGAUGGCGAAACCUUGGAGGACUUGAUGAAGUUGUCCCCAGAAGAACUGCUGCUGCGCUGGGCUAACUUCCACUUGGAGAAUGCUGGCCAGCCAAGGAUCAACAACUUCAGCUCUGACAUAAAGGACUCCAAAGCCUACUUCCACCUCCUAAACCAGAUCGCACCAAAAGGCACUGAGGAAAACCAGCCCUACAUAGACGUCAACAUGUCAGGUUACAAUGAGAGAGACGAUUUGAGGAGGGCAGAAGCUAUGCUGCAGCAGGCCGACAAGCUCGGCUGCCGACAGUUUGUCACCCCAAGCGACGUCGUCAGUGGGAAUCCCAAACUCAAUCUGGCCUUUGUGGCCAAUCUUUUCAAUAAGUAUCCUGCUCUGACCAAGCCCGAAAACACGGACAUUGACUGGAACAUGCUAGAAAAUGAAACCAGAGAGGAGCGAACAUUCAGAAACUGGAUGAACUCCCUGGGCGUCAACCCAAAUGUCAAUCAUCUGUUUUUAGACCUACAGGAUGCGUUGGUCAUUCUUCAGCUCUAUGAGAAGAUUAGGGUGCAUGUUGACUGGAAUAACAAAGUCAAUAGGCCGCCCUACCCUAAACUGGGCACCAACAUGAAGAAGCUGGAGAACUGUAACUACGCUGUAGAACUGGGCAAAGAAGCCAAGUUCUCCCUCGUCGGCAUUGGUGGGCAGGACUUGAACGACGGCAAUAAUACGCUGACCCUGGCGCUGGUGUGGCAGCUAAUGAGAAGGUACACAUUGAAUGUACUGGAGGGGCUGGGUGAAGGUCAGAAGGUCAAUGAUGACAUCAUUGUCAAGUGGGUCAACAAAACAUUAGCAGACGCUGGAAAGAGGACCAAGAUUUCAAGUUUUAAGGACAAAGAGAUCAGCAGCAGUUUGGCUGUUCUCGAGCUGAUCGACGCCAUCCAGCCAGGCAGCAUCCACAACGAGCUAAUUAAAACGGGCCAACUCUCUGAAGAGGACAAGCUUGAGAAUGCCAAAUACGCAAUCUCCAUGGCGAGGAAAAUUGGCGCGCGUGUCUACGCCCUGCCAGAGGACCUUGUGGAAGUCAAUCCCAAAAUGGUGAUGACAGUUUUUGCAUGCCUGAUGGGCCGAGGGAUGAACAGAGUCUAAAGAAGACUGGCUGUGGUAAUUGUGACACUUUAUUCCCCCUCAAGCCAUCAGCUUUUUGAAACAUCUCCCUCGUCCUCCUCCCCCUUCCUCUGCCUCAAGAAAUAUUUUUUUUCUUUUUUGAAGGAAAUCAAAAUGAAUGAAAAAUUGUAUGCAUCUCUGCAGAGGUGCUUUUUGAAGAAAAAUGUGCUGUUUCCCUUUUUAAAAUGACACAUUCAUGAAUUUCAGGUGGACCUUGAGUAGCCGCGGAGAUCUUUCAAUCCUACAGUUCUUUUGAUACAUUUAUUACAAGGAUUUUCUUAAAGCAUCUAUGCAUAGUCCAGCUGACAGGUUUACAUGUAUUUUACUGCCACCACUAUGAGUGAUAACAUAGCCUUAAAAUCUUCAAUACAUUCAGAUUUGUUUUGUCAGUGACAGGCGGUUUUGAGGGUGCACGCAUCAGCAAGAAGACCCAAAGGUUCAUGCUUGUGUCAUCUACAUAUCAGUAGUAACAGAAGCCAUUUAGGUCAAACUAUAGUGAUGACCUCUCUGUAUAUGCUGUCUUGUAUUUUUGUACUUUUUGUGUUUUGUGGGACCAUUAGUGAGGUAAUAAUUCUGGUCAGAGCUGGGCUUCUGUUCUUAAUGUUCUAUUUUGUUUAUUUCAAAUAAGGAGCAGGCUGACUGGACUCUCUGCUGUGCCUUCUUAUCUUAAAGACUUGUAGUACUGGAACUUUUUGAGCUUUUACCUUACCUUAUCACAUACAAAUUGCUAUUAAUAUUAUUAUUACUAUGGCGACAACCAAAUUGUAUUUGGCUUGUGGCCUUCUCUACUCCAAAGUGCUUGACAUGAAACAAUAAACAUGACUUGAGUGA